AUGGAAUACUUCAACUUUGAAGAGGCAUCCUACGCCUCGAACAAUGUGCAGGAUGAUGUUGCAUCUGAUUGCCAAGAAGUCGACGAAGUAGAAGCCGUUGAGAAUUAUGAGUCGUUGUUUUUCGAUAAGAACUUUCAGCUGCAUCCCGUCUCGGGGCUGACAGCUGAUGGUGAGGUCGGUAACCUGCAUGAUCAGGGACUGGACCCCCAGCUCCGGGCUAACUAUCCAGAUGUUCCCGAGCCGACCCCUGGCUCACAAUAUCCUAUGUUUCGAUCUCCGCUGCCCUGUGAUUUCUGUCGGCAAAUGGGAUUCGAUUGCUUCCUCAUUCAACGAGGCAUAUUAGCUGCCGGCUGUACCUGUUGUGUCUCGCUCUACCGAGAGUGCAGUUUUACACACGCAAAAACCCCGGGCAAGUUUCUACACACUCUGCAUCCAGUGGGCGAAGACGACGUCACAUCUACCGGCGGGCUUACUGGAAGACGAGCCUUGAAAUCUGUGGGAUCAACUAAAUUCGAUCAUCUUGAAUCUCGUGGCCGCAAAAGUGGUGCCCGUUUCUCUCGUGAAGCCGUUAGAAUAUUGAAGAACUGGCUCUCAGAGCACUACCAACAUCCUUACCCCAACGAGGCAGAGAAAGAUGCUCUGAAAGAACGUACUGGUCUCAAAAGAAGUCAAAUUGCCAAUUGGCUUGCCAAUGCUCGUCGUCGCGGCAAAGUCUUGCCAUCUACACGCGAUAGUUCGCCUACUCCAGGUGCCCUUGAUAUCCCAGGAUCCACGCGUACAUCAUCGGCAUCAUCGACAACAUCAACGUCGUCAUCGUCCACUCUUGAAUAUGCGCUGAUGACACCUUUGGAGCGAUGGAAGCACUCUCCACCUGAACACGAAGCUGCCUCAACCAGCGCCAUUAUCCGAGCCAUGGCCAGUGCCUCUCUUCCUCCCCCAUCACCGUCUCAUGCCCAGCAGCAGCAACAGCACCAGGCCUACUAUCCUCCUGCAAUGUCUGGAAAUGGUCGAUCUUUUUCCCGUAAGACGGGCUCCAGCAAUGACUCUACUUUGUCGUUUCAAGCACCGUCUGUGAGUAGUUACGAAACGGAGAAUAAAUCAUCGAUUUCGGACUACUCUUUCGCCUCUGCAUUCUCGCAUCGCUCUUCUCAACAUUCGUUAAAUUCAGCAGACCGAAAAGAACGACGUCGGCGCCGUAAGCAGAUGCCACCAGUUCCGGCAUUUGACCGACAGCCUGUUCGUGGAGCUCGUAUCUUUCAAUGUACAUUCUGUAUUGAUUCUUUCCCCGCGAAAUAUGACUGGCAACGUCAUGAGAAGUCAGUGCACUUGGCUCUCGAGAAAUGGACUUGUGCACCACACGGAGGAAUUAUAACGAUCUCCGACGGGAAGAAAGCAUGUGCCUUUUGUAGAGCCCCUAACCCGACCGACGACCAUUUAGAAUCUCACAAUUACUUGACAUGCCAAGAAAAGACAGUUCAAGAACGAACAUUUUAUCGCAAGGAUCAUCUGAAUCAGCAUUUACGAUUGAUGCAUGAUGUCAAAUAUGACUCGUCGAUGGAUCAAUGGCGAAGCACAACAAACGACAUCAAGUCACGAUGUGGCUUAUGCGAUACCAACUUCACAACUUGGAAAGAGCGUGUGGAUCAUAUAGCACAGCAUUUUAAGAACGGGGCAGACAUGUCAAAGUGGAAAGGUGACUGGGGGUUCGAGCCAUACGUUCAGCGACUCGUUGAGAAUGGUAUACCUCCAUACCUCAUUGCAAGCGAGCGAGCAAAUCUCAAUCAGGACAGAGUGCCUGGAUCAGGGAGCCAGAAAAAGGUCAUCGAUUCUUUUACGGGCUCUUCGUCGGUGGUCCUACUAGUACCCACGGAUGAGACAUCCUUUACGCGGCUCGAGAGUGAGCUGAAAGCAUACAUCGGGGGCCAACUGCUGGAUGGCAGCACGCCAACUGAUAAAGAAAUCCAAGAUCAAGCUCGUAUGAUCGUAUACGGCAGUAAUGACCUAUGGAACCAAACAUGCGCCGACAAUAUUGUCUGGCUGAGCGUGCUUAAACGAGACUGCGGUAUGGAAGAUCUUCCUGGCUUAGAAAACACCAACCUAGAAGAUCUCGAAAUGCAGCCUCCUUUCGCAGGUCGCAUGCAACACCCUCCUCUAGAAACAAACACCUUUGCUGCCGGAAAUGUACGUCACUCAUGGUUCAGCGGUGCCAGCCUCGGAAGCGCAGCAGUUUCGGCAUCCGGGCUGCAAAGCCCAGCUUUCAUUUCGAGCAGCGGUUUCCCCUCAGCUGCUGCCAGCAUGCCUGGAAGUCUUGCAGGAAGCUUUUCUGGCAGCAUUGGAGUUUCUUCUGCCGGCCCUUCUUCGUCUGUUAUUCCUGGUCUGUCAAGUGGAUGGAGCAGCAAUUUUUCCGUGGGUGAACGAUCAGCAUCCGACUGGGCCGGAUCUGCUGCCUUUGCAGAUCCCAUGGCGCAGUCGAAUUUUGAUCUAGAGCUAUUGCAGCAAUUAAAUGGUUCAGAAUCUCAUAACAUGGACAUCGAUACAUCCAUGUUCGGCAUGGAAGGACUCACUUCCCAGUCUGAAAUUAUGCGUACUGUUGCAGCUAAGACUCCACAGUCCUUUGAUCCCUCGACGAUGACAACGGCCGAGACUCAGCCAAUAUCCAUUCCCACUACCACCGCUGCUGCGGAUAUGCACUCAUAUUUUGAGCCAUCGUUUUCAUCGCAGCCGGGAUAUAGUUGA